AUGAUGGGAAAAUCGAAAAACGCCCAGUGUAAUGCUAAGAUAGAAAUAAAAAUCAAUUUGACAACGAAGGAUACAAAAAAAAAAGAUAAAUUUGUAAAAGAUGGAUUGCCUGCUAUAAUAAAGAUAAAUAAUGAUCACAAUAACAAUAUUAGAUCUGCAGAAGCACUAUCCUUUUUAAAGCCUUCUGAAGAAUGUAGAACACAGUUUGAAAACUAUUUUAAUGAUGGUUUAGGUAUAUCAGAAUCUAUUAAAAUGCAUGAAUCAAAACUUGAAUUAGAAUAUGGUAUUAACUCCAAUGAAUUGGCUAAUGCCACUAUCAAUCUAAAAUAUAAGACAAUUCGCCAUUGGUAUGAUGUUUGGAAAGAAAACAAUUUGGGCUCUUCUAAUGAUAUAAGUGUUUUGCAGAAACUUGAAGAGAAGAAAAAGUAUUAUGAAGAAAACGGAAUUAUUGUUAGGUACUCUGAAAAUCCAUUUGCCAUUUUAGUCAUCACCUCUAUAAUGAAAAGAGCUCACCAACUACCAUUUGCCUAA